AUGCGGCAGUUGCGCAACCCCGUGGCUUUUACAGCGAGUUCGGUGUCGCCUACGACUUUGCUGACGUCUCAAUGGCGAUGUGCCUCGAGUAAAUCAGCUCCAGCAGGCGCAAAACCAAAGAAAAAAUAUCUCAAUGAUCCAAGUCUCCGCGUCCGUGUUGUGCCCAUGCUGGAAGACAACUAUGGCUAUGUGGUGGUAGACGAGACCAACCACACGAUGUUUGCAGUGGACCCAGCCGAGCCCAGCAAGAUCCUGCCAAUUCUGAAGGAGGAAGAGACCGCGAGGAAGCGCGAGUUUCUCGGCGUCCUUACUACGCACAAGCACACAGACCACGCCGGCGGCAACCAAGAGAUCGCGGAAAAGUAUCCAGGCGUUAUGAUUGCCGGACCGGAGCACGAGCUAAUCCCAGCAAGGAACCGUGCAGUGAGCGGCGGGGAGAAGCUCAAGAUUGGUGCAGCAAAAGUGAAAGUGCUGAAUGUGUCGUGCCAUACAAAAGCGCACGUGGCGUAUGUCGUCACUGGUGACGCCGAAACGCCACCUCUGCUGUUUCCUGGCGACACGCUGUUCGUCGGAGGCUGUGGGCGCUUCUUUGAGGGUACGGCUGAGGAUAUGUACAGGGCAUUGUACGAGGUGAUUCUCACGUUGCCGAAGGACACGAAAGUGUAUUGCGGCCACGAGUACACCAUGUCGAAUCUGCGUUUCGCACUCAGCGUGGAUCCGUCCAACCAGGCAUUGCACGACAAAAUCGCCUCGGUUCGUAUCCGUCGAGCGAAGAAUCUGCCCAGUGUGCCGUCCUCGCUGCGAGAAGAAAUGCUCUACAAUCCUUUCUUGCGGGUACACAACGAAACAAUCCGAAAUGCCGUCGGGGGCACAGACCCGGUCAGCGUUCUGGAAAACCUUCGACGACGCAAGGACUCGUUUGAAUGA